AUGGGGUGGGUUAUUACACCGACACUUUUGCCCACCAGAGCUAACUCUCCUGCUGUUAGGUCUUCAGGUCGUCACAGUCAUACACACAUUGACAUUACCCACAUCUCUCGCUCUCCUUCCCCCGGCUCGCAAGACGACGAGCUCCACGAAACCGGUGUCCAGGUCUCAGCGGGCGUCUCCCCCCAAUAUUCAGUCAUUCAGCCGACACAAAGUCAGAGUGGCUCCUCACACCACGGUGAUUUUGUCCAAGUGCUAUAUCCGAACGAAAUUCCGGAGCCCGAUGGCUCGGAUUCUGCCUCGAGAAUAGAUCACCACGAAAGAGUACCACAAUACGAGUCUCGAUCUAAUUCAGCAAGACGACAGGCGGUACACCGUCAGCAGGCUAUUCGUGAGCCUGCUCGCAGUCGCACCCGAGCAUUGCAAGACACAUCCCCGACAGAGAGCGGGGACUCGACCGAGGAGUUCCUUGCCAGGCCAGACCUGGGCUCUCACAUGCCUCGUCCUCAAUCAUACUAUGGGCCCAACGGGUAUACUCAAAGCAGUUCGUCAGCUUCAUACCCAUAUCCUCCUGUGCCACAUCCCGCAAAUCAAGUGAUUGCACUUCAACCACAACCAAUGGCUAUGCCAUACCCCCCUACCUACCCCCAGAGCCAGCCCGUGCCAUAUCCUCCUCAUACGGCGUACCCAGGAGGCUUUAGUCACCAUGCUCCUUCUCAAGUCAGCGGUCCGUACACGUCAUCCCCUUAUGGCCCUGCGACGAUCGUCAACUAUGGUGCUCCACCGCCGCCUGCCAGCUACUAUUCUCCUCAAUAUCCUCCUCCCUUUGGUGGCCAGCAGUACCCGCCACACUACAUGCAGUACCCUCAACAAAUGCCCUACCCAUACUAUGCUCCGCCAAUGGCACCUUCCCCACAGCCAGUUUCCGCAAGUGCAUCUGCUGAAAAGCUCGAAACGAAGAAUGACGAUGACCUUGUCAGACGUCUCAAGGAUUUGAUGAAAGAAGAUCAGCUUGCCAAAGAUGCGGAAGCAGCCUCAAUUGCGGAGCAAGAAAGUCGUCUUCAGGCACUGAGGCAGGUCGAAGAGAAAGUUCGACAAGCUGAGGAGAAGGCCCGACAGGCCGAGGAAAAAGCGCGACAAGAUGAGAGGGCACGACAGGAUGCCCUGGUCCAGGCGGAGGAAAAAGUUCGCCAAGCCGAAGAGAAGGCUCGACUAGAUGCAAUACGUCAGGCCGAAGAGAAAGCACGGCAAGAUGCCCUACGUGCGGAAGAAGAGAAACGAAUUCGAGAACAGGCUUUGCUUCAGGCAGCUGAAAAGGCCCGGGCAGAAGCCACAGCCGCAGCUGCACGUAUGGAAGAAGAGCGGCGGAUUCGAGAGGAAGCUGUGCGGGCAGCAGAGGCGAAGGCGCGCGCCGAAGCCGCGGCCGAGGCCGAACGCAGGGCCGCAGAGAAACGAAUCCGAGAAGAAGCGAGACAGGAAGCAAUUCGGGCUUACGAGGAGCAGGUCCGAGCGGCUGCGGAACAGGCUGCGAGAGAGCAGCAGAUUCGCAAAGAGGCUGCUGAGGCGGCUCUGAAGGCGGCUGCGGAAGAGGCAGCUGCGAGAGCAGAAAAGGCCGCAGCCGAGAAGAAGAUUGCCGAUGACGCUGCAGCGGCUGCGAAGAGCGCCAUCGAAAAGGAGGCCGCAGAGGCUGCGGCGGCUGCUAGAGAGGAGGCAAAAAGGGUAAAGGAAGAAGCCGAAGCGAAGCUCAAGGAGGCUGAAGAAGCAGCCGCCAAAGCAAAGGCAGAGGCUGAAGAGGCGGAAAAGAAAGCCGCCGCUGCGAGAGGGCCGGAGAAAAAGGCUCCUGUUAGAUUCAAAGAUGCGAUCGGGCGCAAUUACAAUUUCCCCUGGGAUCGAUGCUGCAAGUGGAGGGAUAUGGAAAAUCUGAUCGUCCAAGCAUUUGCACACAUCGAAAACCUGGCAGAACAUGUGUCUGCCGGCCGUUACGACCUGAUCGGGCCUGACAAGGAGAUCAUCAUGCCCAACUAUUGGGAAUCCACCAUUGAGCCAGACAUGCACAUCACAAUGAUGCUGUGGCCCAUUCCGGAGCCCAAGGAGAUCAUAGAGGAACCGCUACCACCGCCGCCUCCAGAGAUCUUAGAAGACACGAUUAUAAAUUUGGAUGAAAUCAUCAACCCAAAGAAGGAGAGAAAAGGCCCCAAGAAGAAGAAACCGACCGGAGGCAUCGCGGCCUGGAUGCUGGGAGGGGCAGGGGGUCGGCCGUCGCGGCCUUUAAAAGGUGAUAAAAAGCCUGAUGUGGCCGCUAAAUCUCAGCACGGUGCCACUGACGACAGUGCAUGCAUCGUUAUGUGA